AUUGCAGGAUUGUUUGUGCAGCCUCGGUAGCGGUGACCCGCAGUGAUUCGGCCGCCGCGCCGGGGGGUGGGGGGGCUGCGCGGGACUCUUUUCUUUCAGACGGACUGCGGGGCAGUUGUGGAGCAUGUCGACCCCCGCCCGGAGGAGGCUUAUGCGGGAUUUCAAGCGAUUGCAAGAGGACCCACCUGUGGGUGUCAGUGGCGCACCAUCUGAAAACAACAUCAUGCAGUGGAAUGCAGUUAUAUUUGGACCAGAAGGGACACCCUUUGAAGAUGGUACUUUUAAACUAGUAAUAGAAUUUUCUGAAGAAUAUCCAAAUAAACCGCCAACUGUUAGGUUUUUAUCCAAAAUGUUUCAUCCAAAUGUGUAUGCUGACGGUAGCAUAUGUUUAGAUAUCCUUCAGAAUCGAUGGAGUCCAACAUACGAUGUGUCUUCUAUUUUAACGUCAAUUCAGUCUCUGCUGGAUGAGCCCAAUCCAAACAGUCCAGCCAAUAGUCAGGCAGCACAGCUUUAUCAGGAAAACAAACGAGAAUAUGAGAAAAGAGUUUCAGCCAUUGUUGAACAAAGCUGGAAUGAUUCAUAAUAGACAACUGGUCUGUUAAUCUUUUUCAUCAUCGUUGUGUAUAAUUUACCUCUCAGUAGAAAGGCUAACAAAUUUUAAGUGCCACAGGUUUUAAGGAUUCUGCAGAAAGAAAACAAAAGUCCUUCAGUUUAGAACCUACAAAAGCUUGUGUAUCUUGAUUAAUGUACUUUUUAUUGCAUGGUGUGAACUAAGUUAUUGCUUACAUAAAUUUGUAAUAUAUCCUGUUUGUAUUUUUUUCCAAGUGUAUAAUGUUGGUGUGGAGUUUUCAUGACAGAAUAUACACAUUUUGUAAAUCUGUACUUUUUUCAAAUAUUGAAUGCCUUAUUUUUGAAUUCUUUAGAUUUUUAAAUUGGAGAAAAGCACUUACAGUUUUUUAUAUAUAUUACAUGUAAAGCUGUUAAAAUACAUAACUUCAGUGCAA